GGCCCAGACCAGUCCGGCCUUGACGAGGUGCACCUCUUCAACGAGAUCUUCUCUAUGCUGAGUGGUAUGGAGGCCGACUUGACGGCUGCCGACCCGACGGGCUUCAAGCGCGAGCUGGAAGAGUUGACCAAGAAGUUCUUGGAGUCCCACAGCGCUGACCAGUGCCAAGCG